GUGGGUCAGAGAGUCGCCGACGCGUGCUCGUGUGAGCGUCGGGCGUCGUUGUAGAGGGAAAUUUGUCAUCCCAGACGGCAGGAUCAAGCAUUGCAGGAUGAAAAAAGAGCGUCUCUUGUUCCUAUUUCAUUCGGGACUCGUGGGAUCAUACUCUGCGGAGCGAGUGAAUGGAAAGCGUCUACAGGAAGUGAUGGAAGCGGCUCAGCGGCGAGGAGGAGGAAAAGAUGUUGGCGAGCCAGCAAGCGGAGCAUCACACCCAUCCGGCAGGCGGCGCCGAGAGAAAGCUCGCACGCCGUUCGGUUGUUUCUGAUGUGGACACCUGGCAGUAGAAAGAAGGGAGUAGAAGUGCACAAAGAGUGAAGAUUUGAGCAAGUUGGCCGAAGGCACUUGUGCUCGCUGUCAUUCUUUCUUCAGUCAAUGGGAUCAUGCAACUGAGAGAGCGGGUGCCCUUCUGCCGGCUAAUUCUUCCUUGCUUUCAUUCACGGCGGCAGAGUCUUUGCGUGAGCCUCGAGGUCGUGCAGAUUUGCCCCUCUUGAACAGAGUUCCGAAUAA